GCAAUUCAGGCAAAUGUUAUAUCCAGAGAGACUGUCGGCGAUUGGGUUCGCUUUACGAUCCAAAUAAUGCAAAUCUACAAACACUCGACCACUAAAUUGAGAAGAGGUACUGAAUUUCUAUGGGUACCGCUGGACGACUUGGCCUGCAAGUGCCCCAGGAUUAGAGUCAAACACACUUACCUUAUUUUAGGAAACGACGAAAGGGAGACUCAGCCGACGGGUCUGAUCGCUGACAGAAGGAGUAUAGCCAUCGACUGGAAGGAGGAGUGGGCGGAUCGGAUGCGACGCUUCCAACGCCGACAGUUUAAGGGAAAGUGUAAAACUGAUGAUAACGUCUGAAAGAAAAGAUGUCUCGUUUUUCAUCGACACAAUGAAAAAAUGUACACUUUAUUUGAAUCUCAGUUGAUAUCAAUGACAAUAUAUUGUGACAAUUGAGGCGAAAAGUCAUUUACCUAAACAUACAUAUCCUUUGAAUAGUAUAACAUAUUUGAGAUUACGUGCCAAC